GGAAGCGUUUCCUACGACGCGCCCAUGGAGCCCGGCGGGUCGGGCCGCCGGAGCGCGGCGGAGGUGGUGGCCACCCGCGGCCGCAAGGCCCCUCAGGGUCCCCGCGGCCCGAAGGACUUCAUGCCCGACGGCUCGGCCGAGCAGGAGGAGAAGCUGCGGCGGUGCCAGGAGGAGGAGUGGCAGCUCCUCUCCGAGGAGCGUGUGGAGCGGCUGGGGAAUCUGGUGAAAGCUGAGUGGAAGCCAGGACAGGGCAUCGUAGAGCUGCGGACCCCUGCGGGGAAGUUCUGGCACACCAUGGGGUUCACAGAGCGUGGCAAACAGUGCCUGCUGCCCGAGGAGGCUCUGUACCUGCUGGAGUGUGGCUCUGUUCAGCUUUUUUACAGGGAUCUGCCCUUGUCAAUCCAGGAAGCCUACGAGAUCCUGCUGUGCCAGGAGGCGAUGAGCCUGCCACAUUACCAGGUGUUCAGCCACUUGAAGCAACUGGGUUAUAUUGUACUGAGAUUCGACCCCAGCACUGUCCUGUCUCCCUACGAGAGGCAACUGAACCUGGAAAGUCACUGCCAGAGCUCUGGGAAACACCAUCGCAAGAGGAGGAGGAGUUCCAGCCCCCGGUCACAUGAGAAGAAACAUAAGGUAUGUGAAGAUCUUCCAGAAGCUGAAGGGACCUCAAAAAAAGCUGCAGAUGACUGUCGAGACUCCAGCUGCCUUCCCAUGGAUGAAAAGCCUGUGUCAGAGCAACCAAAGAAAUCAGAUGCUGGCAGUAGAGGGGGAGAAUCAAACCCAGUUCCUCUUGAUACAGGACAAAAGAACUCCCUGAGCCCCUCCUGGAGCCGGGCUGGAGACCAGAAGGAGAGCAGCUCUGGCACCCAUGCACCACGCUGGGAUUUUACCACCAUCAUCUUGCCAAAUGUGGCCCCAGACCAGCCGUGCACAAUUCUGCCUUCACCUGACAACGGGCUCCUACCGCAGAACGUGCCGGGGAGGGAGGUUAAUGCAUCUUGCUGGUGCGCACGGAUCAAUCAGAAACAGGAGAAGCUGUCACGGAAAGAAAGGGAGCAACGAGAGAGAGAGAGCAGGUACAAGAGCAGUGUCAACGCUGACCGGGAGGUGAGGCACUGCUCCAACUGGCAGGAGUACAAAGCCCUUCUGGCGCAGAGGAGCCGGCAGAGGGUUUGGAGACGACCGCCGCAUCUCUGGGACCAAGCUGUCACACCGCUUCUGCGGCCAGAUGAAGCUACCUCACAAGCUGCGCUCCUCCAGCAGAUCAGCGUGCUGCAGCCCUCCCACAUCCUGGAUGGAGCCUCCCGGCUGCAGGAGGACCCAGAGGGUUUGAAGAUAGACUUCAAUGUGUAUCAAGCAGAUGCUGUGGCCAAGUUUAAGAAGACAAACCCUGGGAAGCCAUAUGUCAGGAUGUGUGUUCGGAGCUUCGAUGAACAGAUUCCAUCCCUUCGGGCUUUGAAGCAGGUUACGUAUCAGAGUGGGGACGUCCCCGUGGUCUUUGCGCUGGUGGAUCAUGGAGAAGUUGCCUUCUAUUCGCUAAAAGAAUUCAAGCUGCCAGUUGAUAUCAAUCACUGAAGUUGCUGUCACUUGCAGUCAUGGUACGGGAAAAGCUUUACUCAGGAUCUGUUUUCUUGAUGAGUGAAACAUUAUGGAAAAUAGAGCCUGUGAUAACUGGAA